GAGGUCUUGGCGCCGCCCGCCCGCCCCGGAAACGCGACCGUCCAUGCCAUCCUAAUGAGAUAUUUCUUUCUUUUUUCGUCUCCCCUCGCUGAUGGUGAUCGAUUGAUUGGAUGAAUGAAGGAUGGAGGGAGGGGACGGGGUUGGGAAAACCUCAGGCGAUUUCCGGCGACGUCGAUACUCGAUCACAUACUCCACUUGUCAUACCCCAUCGCCGUCGUCGUCGUCGUCGUCGUCGUCGUCGCGUCCCGUCCGACCCUCCCUCGUCUUCGGGCACCGAUCCUGCGAAAAAAAACCCCCCAGCAGACGAACGGGAAGGAGAAGGAGAGGAAAGAACUGGGAAUGGUACUGUCGUCCAUCAUCCGCCGAUCGGGUUUCGUUCCCGAAAUCUUCCCAAAAAUGAUCGAUCUCCUGUGUUUUCACAUAGGACCUCACCUCAUCCGUAGCCUCUCUCAUCGCUGUGCUCGUACUGGGCGAUCCCCCUCCCGCGUCUCUCUCUGCCCCCCUCGUAGACGCGAGUUUCGAUGGGAAAAAGCCACGCGAGCUUCCUGCAUGCUGUUGUACAUGGAACAGAUCUCGGGGGGCGUCAUUUCAUUUCAUGGCGUGGGCAUGUGGCAUGUGGCAUGGGCGUGGCGGACUGCCAAGGGCGAUGGUCCAUGUCGAUCAUUUGCCCGAAAUGGAUUGACGACUUUCCUGUCUGGCGAUAUCACAUGGUUGACGUCGGAGCGAGAGGGCCCUGCUGGUGGGGCACUACUACUGUUGUACUACUACUCCUACUACUACUGUUGGUGCUGCUGCUGCUGCUGCUGCUACGACAGGACCCAAUUGACCGACCGUAUGUCUAUGCCGCACUACACUGCCCAUGUACGCUGUAGUAUGCCCGGGCGAGGUGAUCAGUCCAUGCACGCGACGGAGGUGGAAGUCUUAAUAUCCAUUAAUCUCCAUGCCCUGAUAGGUAGAUAACACGAUGGACACCGUCGUCGCCGUUGUGAUCAUGCCCGGGCGGUGGCCUCCCCCAGCCAUCUAAACAUCAUGGCCACGCGAUGGCGACGACGACGACGACGCUAGACAUGCCCACGCGACGGAUUGGCCUCCCGCCGGCCUCCUCCUCAGAGGAUUCUCUCCAGUGCGCGGGACAGGACAUAUGU